CGUGUUUGCCCAUUAAAGUGCUUUCCGCGUCAAGUCCUUCUCUUCCUCACCAACCCCUCAACCACACAUUUUGACGAUCAACUUUUCCGGUACAGCACACGAUCACCUCUGCACUUUUCUCUUCUUCUACUUUUGAUUUCUGAAGAUACCCCUAUCCUCUUUGUUUCCCACACUCAUAACCAGGCAAAAUGUUGGAAGCUAGACUCGACCAGGCCGAUAUCCUGAAGAAGGUUGUCGAUGCUAUCAAGGACCUCGUUCAGGACUGCAAUUUCGACUGCAAUGACUCCGGCAUUAUGCUCCAGGCCAUGGACAACUCGCAUGUUGCCCUGGUGUCUAUGGCUCUCAAGACCGAGGCCUUCUCCCCCUAUCGCUGUGAUCGCAACAUAGCGCUUGGUGUCAACCUGGGGUCGCUGACCAAGGUUCUCCGCGCUGCUCAGGGGGACGAUGUUCUGACGCUCAAGGCCGAGGACGCACCCGACAGCCUGAACAUUCUCUUUGAGAGCUCCGAGAACGACCGCAUCAGCGAGUACGACCUCAAGUUGAUGGACAUCGAUCAGGAGCAUCUGGGUAUCCCCGAGACGGACUACGCUGCAACGAUCACCAUGCCCAGCAGCGAGUUCAAGCGUAUCUGCAUGGAUCUGAUGGCCAUGAGCGAGUCAGUGACGAUCGACGCAAGCAAGGACGGUGUCAAGUUCGCAUGCAACGGCGACAUCGGCAACGGAUCCGUCACCCUUCGAAGCCACACCAACGUCGACAAGCCCGAGCUCAACGUCGACAUUGCCUUGUCGGAGCCCGUCUCGCUGACCUUCUCCCUCAAGUACCUGGUCAACUUCUGCAAGGCUGCCGCCAUUUCCAAGCAGGUCAAGAUCUGCCUGUCAAACGAGGUACCGCUGCUGGUCGAGUACACUCUGGUGGGCCAGAGCUACCUGCGCUUCUACCUGGCGCCCAAGAUUGGCGACGAGGAGUAAAUCAGCAAUUGACGAUCGAAUGGAGUUGAUAAUGCGGGCGUUUCAUGGGAUCUGGGACAGGGCAAAAGGGCCUGUUCUUCUCACUCUGGAUUGAGUUUUGCAUUUGUCUAAGUAGAGAAUUUGCGCAUUGCGUUGGUAGACGAGAGGCGAAAAACACUUUAGGGACCACGCAAGAUAAUGAGAGCAUUGUUUCCGUAUUCA